AUGGCCAGGCUGCUCCAUGGGAUUACCAAGGAAACCCAGCGUUUGCUGGCAGAACCAGUUCCUGGCAUUAAAGCAGAACCAGAUGGGAGCAAUGCUGGUCAUUUUCAUGGGGUCAUUGCUGGCCCCCAGGAUUCCCCCUUUGAGGGAGGGGCUUUUAAACUUGAACUAUUUCUUCUAGAAACAUACCCAAUGGCAGUGCCUAAAGUGCACUUCAUGACCGAAAUGGAUCAUCCUACUAGAGACAAGGUGGGAAGCAUAUGUGUAGAUAUUUUGAAAGGUAAGUGGUCCCCGCCGCUGCAGAUCCGCACAGUUCUGCCCUCCAGCCAGGCUUUGGGAAGUGCUCCCAGUCCAGACGGUCCUUCAGCACGUGAGGCAGCAGAGGAGUGGGAGGCCAAUGAAGCCCAAGCCGUGGAAACAGCUGGAGCCUGGGCCAGGCCAUGUGCCAUGAAUAAUAUUUCCAUCCAUCUGAUCAUCGAGUGUACAUCACUUCUGCUGUUCUGCCAAGACUUUUUCCUUUUCUGUUGA